AUGGUCGCCUUGCUGGACGAUUUGACCGGGAACCUCCCAGCUUGGACGCGCGUUCCCAUCGCAAUCUCAGCCGCAGCUGCUGUUGUCGUCACCUUUUGGACGAUCCGGGGCAUCUACCGCGUCCACCUACAUCCUCUGUCGAAAUUCCCUGGUCCCAAGGAAGCGGCAUGGUCGCACGAUUGGGUCUAUCGUCAAACGUUGACGGAUUAUCCUGAGAGCAUAUAUGAACAGCUCCACAAAAAAUACAAAACCCGUGCCCUGCGCAUCGCCCCUGAUGAGCUGCACAUCACGGACCCAACCUUGUACAAGGUUAUCUACAAACAGGCGAAUCCGUUUCCCAAGGUUGAUCAAUUCUACCUGGGCUUCAUGGCCCUUUCUCCAACCGCCUUCACAGAUACCAACCCCCACACUCAUCGUGAGCGUCGACGCAUGCUCAACAAUCUGUUCUCUAAAGCGAGCGUGCUCAAAUUGGAGAAGCUCAUCUUCGACAGUCAGAACUCGCUGCUCAGAAAGAUUGACAGGCUCUGCGACCAUCAGCUGAUCGACAUCUACGGCGCCAUGAGGCUGAUCACUACUACUGUCAUCAUGGAGUUUGCGUUUGCCGACAGUGGGAACAUGAUUGAGGAGCAGCCAAUAAGUUUCUCAUCUCGAUUUCUGCAAGCCUUUUCCGUUGGUGCUGAGAGUGUUGGCACGAUGCAGCGGUAUCCUUUGGCGCGAACGAUAGCAAAGACCCUUCCAGCUUGGUUGAUCAAGAUGAUGGACGAAAACAUUGGCGCAAUUGACGACAUGAUUAGUUUCUCACGAGCUGCGAUUCAACGGUAUCACACGGUCAGCGAGCAGGGCAAGGCGGCUCAUCUCGGGUACCCCAUCGUUCUAGAUAACCUUCAAACACUCGACCUGGACGCUCUCGUUGCCGAAUCACUGGACUUGCUCAUCGCUGGUUCCGACACAAGCGCGACCUCCCUGACGACCACGAUCCUCGAGCUCCUCAGCAAUCCUACAUAUUUGAAGACACUGGUUGACGAGCUUGAUGCCGCUAUUCCCGACAAGCACAAUUUCCCUGCUGGUCAGGAACUGGAAAAACUCCCCUUUCUGUCUUCGUGUGUCAAGGAAGGCAUCCGCCACGCCAAGGCAGUGCCUGGCCGUCUCCCUCGCUACGUACCCGACGACGGUACGCCUUUCGUCGUGGACGGAGAGGUCGUUCCCCCAGGAACAAUUGUGUCCAUCUCUGCGUACACUAUGCAUAUGGACACUGACUUUUGGGGUCCUGACGCUCGGUACUUCAACCCCAACCGAUGGCUGGCCGAUGACGCGAAACGCCUGGAUGAAUACUCUUGCGCGUUUGGCAAGGGCGCAAGAAUGUGCCUUGGCAUGAACCUGGUCCCUUUUGAAAUGACCAUUGUACUGGCAACGCUGUUCCGGAACUUCACUCUCGAACUCCCUUCAGGAUUCACACCGCCGCGCAGCGUAGAUAACUUCACUGUCGAGUUCCCUGAGGGGCUCUAUGUGAGAGUUUCCCGGCGUGACUAGACUCCCAUGCGGAUAUGUCUGGGACUUCAAUGGAAGUGGAGCGUGAGUAAGGUGGAAGAAGAGGAAAGAAGAAUACCAGGAGCAAUAGUUGGAUAUCUGGUUUCGGUUAUUAUCAAGGGUUAAGGGGAAACGUAUAAAAAGGAAAAAGGAUAAAAAAAAAGGAAAAACACACAAUAGUCAAAAUAG